UUUGAGUUGGCUCCGUCACAUUUGUGCUUGUUGAUACACUUCGUGGCAUCUCGGAGGCUAACAUCAUUGGCAAAGCGAAGCGGGCGCUUCAGAGGUUCGCUGUGCAGUACUUCGUGGCCUGUGCUGCGUCGCCUCCGCCGCCCAAGGACUCCAGCAGUCCGACCAAAGACUUGGAGGAGAUGUGCUCCAUGCUGUCCCGCGCGGCUGGUGUGAUAAUCUCCCGCCCAACCGCGGCAAUCGCUUUCCUUUGUUCGACCGGCGUUGAUAGUUUCGAGAAGAGGGUCUCCAAAUUGGCAUCUCGUCGCAACCAUGCUGCUCACCCUGAUGGAGGUCGUUUUCGUGAUCUUUCGGCUGCGAUGGAAAACAUUCCUCAUGCAGCUCGUUCCCAGUAUGCUGCGACGUUUCGGCCCCGCGGCAACUCGAAACGCGCGGCGGAUGCGAGCAGCGAGACCGACUUCUCACGGACUGAGCAGAGCGCCGACGAGGAGGUGCGCGCCGCCGACGACCGCAAAGCGGACGUUCUCACCGACUCCUAGUCUGACAAGAGCGCCGCGAAUUCCGACGACGAGCGCGGAGAGCCCCAGCUCGUUGGCGUAAAGGUCAAGGAUUUCAAGUACUGCCGAGAUAAGAUCGUAUCAGGUCGAGGAGUGAUAGCCGAGCUUGAUGCUCGCAAGAGCAAGCUGUUUUUAGCUUGCAAAUCAGAAAACAAUCAUUUUCCCUUUGGGGCCCAAGCUCGCAGACGCUAGGAAACGGCGUGUGAAGUCGCCAAAAUGCGAAAUUCCGACGCGCAGCUGCCGA